AGGUAGUGUGCCUAACUGCUAACUCUUGCACCAAACAUCUCUCUCCAUGUCUUGGCCUGAGUCCAACCGCAGGGAGGGAGAACGUCUCAACACUUCCUGCAUUUGUCAGUCUAACGUAGGCUGUGAGAUAUAGGAAGCAAUACUCAGCCUUAUCACUGAGGCACAGACAGAAAACAUUCUCGGCCACUCCACAAAAAGGCAGCGAACAUUCUCAGCCACUCCACAAAAAGGCAGUGAACAGACAGAACCACCCGUCAGGAAAAAAAUUGAGUGUUUAGCUUUGUGGGGGAUUUCUGCAAUCAAGUAAUUCAGUCUCCGUUAGCAAAGAGGCAAGGAAAGCGGGUGCAUAAAGCUUUAAGAGGGUUUCUCAUUCCUUCUACAAUCGUUUCCAGGCUCAGCUGCAGAACUCGGAGAACAAUCUCCUUCCCCCCCACCCCCGCACACACACCCCCCAAGAUGCUGUCAAACUGUCUGUCGUUCGUGAGCUGUGUUUGCACAGUGUUAGCCAUGUCUGGCUCCAGCUCCUACCACAAGGAAAAGGAGAGUCUGGAGAAACAGCACCACCGGGUACAGCAUGGACCGUGCAGCUACACCUUCCUGCUCCCCGAGGUGGACAACUGCCGCUCAGACCCCGACUUCCAAAUGUCUAACUCGCUGCAGAGAGACGCUCCUCCCCCUGCGGAGCCCAACUGGUCCAACAAACGCCUACAGCAUCUCGAAGGCGUGAUGGAGAACAACACCCAGUGGCUGCAAAAGCUGGAAAGCUAUAUCCAGGACAGUGUGAAGACCGAGAUGGUUCAGAUCCAACGCAACGCGGUGCAGAACCAGACAGCAGCCAUGCUUGAGAUCGGCACCAGUCUGCUGACCCAAACCGCGGAGCAAACACGCAAACUUACCGAUGUAGAAACCCAGGUACUCAAUCAGACAUCAAGACUCGAAAUACAGUUGUUGGAGAACUCGCUUUCAACCAAUAAACUGGAGAAAGAAAUUCUGGUGCAGACACAGGAGAUCAGCAAACUCCAUGAAAAGAACAGUUUUUUAGAGAAGAAGGUUCUGGAAAUGGAAGGCAAGCAUGACGUGGAGCUUCAGUCAAUCAAGGCUGAGAAAGUGGAGAUGCAGCAGCUACUGGUGAAGCAGAGUGCGGUGAUGGGAGAGCUGGAGAGACAGCUGAGCACGGCAACCCACAACAACAGCCUCUUACAGCAGCAGCAGAUGAUGCUCAUGGACACUGUCCACAACCUGCUGAAAAUGGUCUCCCACGGCAAUGACUAUACAGAAGAUACAAAGGAAAAUCGAGUGUUUAAGGACUGCGCUGAGGUAUACCAAGCUGGUCUGACCACAAGUGGAGUUUACACACUACAUAUGCCCAAUACCACUGACACUGUUAAGGUUCUCUGUGAUAUGGACACGAGUGGAGGGGGUUGGACUGUGUUCCAACAUCGCCAGGACGGGAAGGUGGAAUUUCACCGGGAUUGGAAGGAGUACCGGCUGGGCUUUGGGGACCCAGCGGGCGAAUACUGGCUGGGAAAUGAAUUUGUUCACCUUCUCACCAGCCAGUCUCCACACGUACUGCGUAUUCAGCUGAAGGACUGGGAUGGAAACGAAGCGUUUUCACUGUUUGAUCGAUUCUCUUUGGGGAGUGAAGAGCAGAAGUACCGGCUCCACGUAAAGGGUUACAGUGGCACAGCCGGCAGAACCAGCAGCCUCACUCCUUCUGGGACACGAUUCAGCACGAGGGACGAGGACAAUGAUGAAUGUGGCUGCAAAUGCUCGCAGAUGGCGUCUGGAGGAUGGUGGUUUCAGGCCUGUGGACCUUCUAACCUGAAUGGCAUGUAUUACUCAGGCCGGAUGAACGCAAUUCGAUUUAAUGGGAUCAAGUGGCACUACUGGAAGGGCACACACUACUCCCUCAAGUCCACCACCAUGAUGAUUCGACCUGUGGGAUUUUGAGCAGAAGCACAGGAAAUCAGUUGAGGAACCCCCUCCCCCAGGCAAGGAGCACUCCACGGUCACCACACGACCCCCUGUUCCGUUUGUUCCACAUGUUGACUGUCACUAGGGUCUUGCAAAGUUGAAGAGGCUCUGUUGACCACAGCAAUCUUUCUGUACCUCCUUUGGCCCUCAAAAGUGUUGAUGAGGAGAUUCUCUCGGAGGGAAUGUGGGAAGGAGAAUAUUAAAUGCAUUUCAACUAGUGUCUGAAAGUAACAAGCCCCUCUCUCCAACCCUCCCCUCCCUCUAGGUUUUUUGCAGUUUAACCUGACUGAUGCCAAUAUCUUGCUUGUUGACGUAAUCCAGAUUUGGUAAAUAGAUUAGAAACUGUUAAAUCCUUCUUCUCGCUCCCCCCACCCCCUCCGGAGUCAUGAUCAUCCUGUUUACAUUUCCAUGUCUCUCCCCUCAGCAGAGACCAGCUCCACUGAUUGCAUUAAAAUGAAAUCAGUACACUCCACGUCCCCAUACCAGAACUUGGGAAAAACUCUGUUCCAAGGAAACACUGAUGUCUUUUCCUCAGUGUAUUGGCCAUCACUGCUGGGUUUUGUUACAACCGAUGCUGUCAUUCGUUCAAACUUCAUCUUGCUUUGAUGUGAGUUUCACAUUUUGUAACUUAAUGUUUUAUAGUGAGCACGAUAAAUAAUUAACGGCCUUCUCAUACCCAUGUCAUUUCUCUUUCUCUCACUCCCUCCUGUCACAUCUUCCAAUACAUCAGUUGGACAAAUUAUUGGAUGAUUUUAUCUGGAGCCCAUAUUAGAAGUUGAAAGUUUCCCCAGUUGCUGAUCUUCAGCUGGAUCGAAGGAGGAAAAUGUGAUGUGUGAUAUCACCAGUGAGAAUAUCACAUGUUGCAUUUUUGCCCCUUCCCCAUCCAAAGAAUUUUGGCAGUAAUACAAUAAUUUGGGAUCUGGGAAUCUGCACGAUGAUGUUCAAGGAUCCCUCUGAUUGACCAGGGAGCUGACUCAGGAUAAGGGUGGACAAUGCACAUGAUGCUGAUAUUCAAUGUGGCUACAAAACAUGUUGUUGAUCUGAAUUAGGAAGAGCCUUAAAGCAGUCAGCUUCUUUUAGCUGCUAUUAAUUUGUCAGAACAAGCUUGUAUUGUUAGUCUAAUAAAUACAAGAACUGCUCUUGCUUUAAAGUCCCAUCAUGUGCAUAAACCUAAUUAGCUGUUUAACAGUAUAUGAACUUUGAAAUGAUUGCAAUAGCUGAGCCAGACUGGUUGGGAAAAACAGUUAAUUUUUUUACAAGGAGUUUCAGUUUGGGGGAGAAUUCAGAGGUUCUUCUCUGCAGUAAUGUGUUUAAUUUAUCUAUUUUCCCUGUGUUUUUGCACAUCUGCCACUGCGUUGGUGGAUGACUGACCUUCUCUCGGGCAACUAGAGAUACAGGGAAACAGCAAAAGUGACCUGUGACUCUUGCUUGCUUUACAUUAUACCUGUACGGAAACUGUGGGCCAUUAUUGGUCAGGUCAGUGGGAGGUGGAAGCGAGAGGAUGGGGACAUGAACUCUAAUUGCUCUCUGGCUUUGCUACUUCCUGACAACAGAUUUCACGGCAACUGUAGAGGCCGCUGCUAAAUGCUACAAAGAUACUGGCUAAAUAAAGGUGACUGGCUUUUGGUAUUUGCUCCUUCCAACAUACAGUGACUGGUGUGUGCAGUCUGAUGUGGCUAGUUUCAGGAGAUGUUUUAUUUCUUCUGUUUAUCUAAUCUCUUACUUAGCAAAGCCAGAGAUUGAGUAGUAUAUUGCAUUAAAACGCCCUCUGUCUUUUCUCUUCUAGAGACCCAGAUUGAAAUUCAGGUCUAAGGCGCCCAAUGGGAUAAGUAUCUGCUCAGGCAGCUCAAUGGCUGCUCAGUGCAAUGGACUAUUUUGUAGGCAAACAUAGCAGACAAUUUGACGAGACAUUCCGGGUGAACACGUACUCACAAGGGUAUGAAAUGAUUCCAAAUUGCCACUAACUUUGCAAUCUUUAAAGGAGAUGAAAGUUUCUGGUGGGAAGCAGGAAGUGUCAGUCUGGUUGGGUGGAUGGUGCUUUGGGGAAAUUGGAGUCUGGACACUUUAUUGGAGAGGAAGUAAAGGAAGUUUUUUUUAAAAAAAGUGUAAAUAUGUUGUGUUUGAUUUGGGAGUGCUUCGUUCUGACGAGCAGUAAAACGUGGAGGUCACCACCCAAAGCAUUGGUCUUUUUUUUUCUUCAUUGCCAGCAGGAUGGGGGUUACGAGGAGAACAGGAGGGGGUAUAUGCUGGAGGGAUGAGAUAAGAUCAGACUAAAGGACCUACUUCAUUCAAAGCAAACUUAUAAUUUUAAUGAAACGUUUGGAAUCUUCAUUUUGCUCAAGUGAAUUUGAGAAAUACGAGAGAAGCAAGGGAUGGGGGAGACGGGGUGGGGGGGAGACGGCUUUCCUGGGUUUACGUCCUUACCUCCUGAGUACAAAAGGGGGCGGCCACAAUCCCAUCCCCAUUAGAUCAGAUGAUUUAGGUGUCACAUUGGUGACAUCCAUUGUGUACAAACACGGUGAGGUAGUGAGAGUGCAGGAACACACAGCUGGGCCAGUGAUUGGUAGUCUACCCUGCUUAAGCGUAAUUGUGAAUCUGAUUUUAAUUGCCAUUCUAUUUGCUGUUAGCAUUGAGAAAUUACCAGUGAUCCUAAUCGAUUAUUAAUCAUGUAAUCCUAUUAAUCUUCCAUUUUAUCCCCCCUCUCCCCCACCCCCCCACACACACACCUUAAUCGCCAGCAUAAUGCACAAAUCACAUGUUGAACUUUAGUCUGUUAAACAAACGCUGGUGGUAAAUCCUGUGGUUUAAUUCCUAAAUUAAACAAUUGGGAGUAUGUUCCCAGCAGGACAUACCAUACCAGGUUGAGCAACAACAUUCAUUUAUUUAAAGUUCAACACGAUUGUUUUUUUACAGGAACAACUAAGGCCAAUCAAUUAAAAACCUCUCUCUGAAUUGUACUGUAACUCGACCAUUCUUAUGUUUGCGAAUCCUCUAGGUCAUGUCAAAGUAAAUGGAACAUGAGUGAAAGAUUCAACUAAUUUUCCUGCUUAAAUAUACACUCAUCCAGCAUUCAAAGCUUUAAACCCAGUCUAUUGGUCGUUAUUUCUGGGAAACAAAUCUGUUAUGAUAUUACCUUAACAGUUCCCCCACUUCUAAAUACUGUAAAAGAUUACCGUUAAUCUUUUUUAAGAAUAUAUAUUAAUUGUACAUCUGUUUUAUGUAUUCAACACUUUUAAUAUCCUUUACCUUGGGCAUAAAAUUUACAGUAGUCAUUUGGGAUAAUUUAAUUAUUUGAUUUUCUUUUAAUGUUCAUCCAAUAUAUCAUAUAGAACUGUGUAACAAUGUCAGGAUGUUUCAUUUUUGUAUUAAAGGGAUAAUAUAUAAAAUAAAUGUUUCCGAACUUUCCCCCUCACCCCACCACAAAUCUGACUUUUGUUUUGUGUCCGUGUGGAGUAACAGGUGUUAAACAAUGG